AUGGCCUCUGCGUCGCGGUGGCGCUCCGACGGGCCAACCACGCCAACGCCCAGUGCACGUGGCCGCGGCGGUGUCAGAAACGCCAGUCGGGGUGGUCGGGGACGUGGACGCGACGCAUCGACCUCAAAUAACUCUAAAAGUUCCAACUUCUUGUCCGUGCCCCAACAUGCACCUGCACCUCAGACUCCCCGCUCUACGCCGUCACCUGACCUUCUCGCUGUGCCGCCAAGAACACCGUCGCGAAUGCCCAUGACGCCAAACUCGAGUCCGGGCAGACGUAUGGACCUCGUCGCGUCUGUCAGUCGAAGCGGUGGGAUCGAGCGCGAUGGAGACGAUCUGAAGGACUGGGACAUGCAGGAAGCCUAUCGAGAAUAUAUCCAGGGGAAGCUUGAUGCGUUUUGGAAGAAAUAUCCUCAUAAAGAAGACGAAGGUGCAAACGAGACUCGCCAGCGAAUUGAAUCUCAAGAGAAUCUACUGAUACUUUUUCGCAAACUUCGUGAAGGAAUCAUAGCCUCCAAGCGUUCAGACAAAUUCAGCGACGAUGUCUACUCGACUUCACUCUAUCUCUCCGUCCUGUUUGACUCGGCUCGCCACAUUUCUGCCGUUGUUCCUAUCGUCAUUUCGUACCUCUCGACCACCCCGGCUUCAGUAUCGUCACCUGAGGCCCUCACUCUCAUCUGCCUCCUCCAACAUCUUGUAACAUCAUACCCUUCCCAAACCGCAUUUCAUACCGCCCUCCAAGCUGUUCCGCUCACGUGCUUCCCAUUCGACUGCCCCGAGCGACGCUGGGUAAACCAGCUGGCUCGAUACCUGCGCGCUGGCAACUACACAAAAGCCGAUCAACUCAGCGGUGUUAGUUUUCUCAAGUUACCAAUGGCCAUGUCGGACCCACUCGCGAAGAAGGCUGUUGUCCACCUUGUCGAGGCGCUCCGCGUGAAGGCGCGCGAAACGGCGUGGCGGACUAUCAGAACGGUCUAUCGCGAGAUUUCGAUUUCCGCAUCAUCGCAGACAGAUUCAAGUUCGGACACCAAGGCGUGGUUACUGCAUUCCUUACUUUUACGUUCACCAAAAGUGGACGAGGAUGUGUCUGGGCUUGAGGAAUCAUUACAACAACUCAACCUGAGUUCGGAUGCGCUUGACCGUUGGCUUGAGAGCGAGCAGAGCAAAGGAAACGUAGCGAAGAAGGAAGGUGUCGAGGGUCGGUGGAUUUUGGUACGCCCACGCUGA